AUGAAGAUCACAUUCAAGGAUCUCAAGCAGAAUAAGUUCGUCAUCGAGGCCGAGCCAUCGGAAACGGUUGGCGAACUCAAGGCCAAGAUUCAGAGCGAUAAGGGUUGGGAAGUGCCUCAGCAGAAGCUGAUCUACUCUGGCAAGAUCCUUCAGGAUGCCAAUACCAUCGAGUCGUACAACAUCGAGGAGAAGGGCUUCAUCGUCUGCAUGGUCUCCAAGCCCAAAGCGCCAGCCGCCUCCGCCAGCAAAGCUCCCUCAACACCUGCGAAGCCAGCUGCUCCAGCUCAGACACCGGCUGCGCCUGCAGCUCCCGCCGCGCCCUCUGCCUCUUCGACUACACAAAAUGUGCCCGCCACACCAUCGCCCGCCCCCGCGCAGCAAUCAGAACGCUUCAACGACCCAUCAGCGCUAACCAUGGGUGGUGAGCGCGAGGCAGCCAUCGCCAACAUGGAGAGCAUGGGUUUUGCGCGCGCGGAUAUUGAUCGCGCCAUGCGCGCCGCCUUCUUCAACCCCGACCGUGCGGUUGAAUAUCUUCUGAAUGGUAUUCCAGAGAGCGCGCUUCAGGAACAGGCACAGCAGCAGUCACAAGCUCGCGCACCGACCUCACCACCACCUGCUACCGGAGGGAACACAGGUGCGACACCAGCCGCUUCUGGAGGGGACGAACCGAUAAACCUGUUCGAGGCCGCUGCGCAAGCCGGUCAGGGUCGCGGAGGCGCUGGUGGUGCACCCUCAGGAGGUGCUGCUGGCGGUGGUGCCGGUGUGCUCAACGCCAAUAGCCUCGACUUUCUGCGUAACAACCCACAGUUCCAGCAGCUGCGACAGGUCGUACAACAACAGCCUCAGAUGCUUGAGCCGAUUCUGCAGCAAGUUGGCCAGGGCAACCCUCAGCUGGCGCAGAUGAUAGCAUCGAACCCAGAGCAGUUCCUGCAGCUGCUUGCAGAAGACGCUGACGAUGAUGCGCCGUUGCCCCCAGGCGCACAGUCCAUCUCCGUUACAGAGGAGGAGCGUGAGGCUAUUGAGCGCUUGUGUCGCCUUGGCUUCGAGCGCGACCUCGUGAUCCAGGCUUACUUCGCGUGUGACAAGAACGAGGAACUGGCCGCCAACUUCCUCUUUGAUCAGCCCGAGGAUCUGGACGACCAGUAG